AUGGACCCCCGGGGGUGUGCUGGACAGGGGAAGCCCAGCCUGUCCUUUUCCAUUGAGGAAAUCUUAAAGAAACCUUCUGCCAGCACUGUCCUAAGCAGUGAAACCAGGAAGAGAAGGAACUACAUUGAGAGAUCUCCAUCCGUAAAAGCAGGGUCACCACUGGCUGUUGAUUCCAGCAGCAGGAGUCAGUUAGAAUGUGACUUACCUUCAGCCAAAAUGCUUCUCUCCACCACAUGUGCUACACCCAUUGCCAGAGCAAAGAGAGUGCAGGCAACUCACUGCAGAAGACCUAGAGACAGCCCAGUGUCCCUCCUGGGUGAGGACAUAGGACGUGAACACCUGGAAGGCAAGAGAAAACAUGAAGAAGAGGAAGAUCAGCUGUGUGAUUUCCCAGUGGACCAUCCACUUCAUGUUGAGAGGAAAGGGAAACGGAGAAUCCGGACAACGUUCACAGCUGAGCAGCUCCAGGAACUGGAGAGGAUUUUCCAAGUGACUCACUACCCAGAUGUCCAUAUUCGCAAUCAACUGGCAGCAAAGAUAAACCUCCCAGAAGCCAGAGUUCAGAUCUGGUUCCAGAAUCAGCGAGCAAAGUGGAGGAAACAUGAAAAAUUUGGCAACUUUGGUGGCCUUCAGCAUCUUACAGAAGUUGAUUUCAUUCCUGCUCCUAAGUCAGAUUUCACAGCUCCAAGCUUGAUGCCAAGAAAGCUCUCUGCUUCCUUUCCUGCUAUGGGAUACUACUCACCGCUGCAAGGACAGCUGACAACUGCCUGGCUGCCCAGCGCGUUCUCCUUCUCUCCCCACCACAUGGAGCUGCUGUCCUUCCCAAAACCGUACUUGGUCUUCAAUGUCCUCCCCCCUUACGGCUCGUCACUACCCCACAAGUUGGAAAGGAGCAGGAUCUGCGCCAGCUCCACAUAG